AUGAGGGGCCAGGGCGGGUCAGGGGAGCGGGCGCAGCAGGGCAGGGAGCAGGCAGGUGGGGGGGCAGGCGAGGACGGCGAUGGGGGCCGGGCGUCACAGGCAGAGGCAACAGAGGCAGAUGGCUGGCAGGGCGGAGCAGAUUUGCUGGCAGGCACAGCAAGAGGCGCAGCAAGGGAGCGCGCGAGGAGGAAGGCGGUGCAGCCCAGCCGAGAGCUGCUGGCGCUGGCACUGGCAGAGGCUGGCGUGGCAGGGGAGCAGGCGGGUGCAGGCAUGCAGGCAGCAGGUGGGACUGACUCGGAUGCUGCAGCACGCACCGUGGCAGAUGAGGGAGUCAGACGGGCGGCGCCACCAGCAGGGGCAGCAGCGAGGGCUGCAGCUGCAGCACCAGCAGCGAGAGUGCGAGGGAUGCAGGUUGAUGUGGAGGCGGCAGUGGCAGCAGCAGGGGAGCUCCGCCUGGACCCCCCCAGCCAUGACGCCAGUGCUGGCCACGCCCAUGGUGGUGAUGGUGGUAGGCGGCACGCGGACAGGCAGCGUGGUGCAGUGAGGGAGAAGCGGGCGCCGGGUGGGAAGCGCAAGCACCGGACAACAAUCAGUCUGCGGCUGAAGCGAGUCAUUUGCAUGCUGAGGGCCGCCCGCCCCGACAUGCCGGCCAGAGACAUCCUCCGCCUCGUGCAACACGCCUUCGAUGCCGCCGCCCGCCAUCCUCAAGCCACCCCCACCACUACCCUCCCCACCUGUGCCACCGCUGCUGCUGCUGGCAGGGCAGCGAGCUUGGCAGCGGGGGAAGUUGCGGCGGGUGGCGUGGAGGCAGCGGGAGUGGCGGCGCUGGACGUGGCGGCGGUGCGGCGCAUUCUGAGGAAGAGCCGCGUGUACCUCGCCCUGCCCGCCCACGGCGCCACCCUCAUCCGCCACAGCAGCGGCGCCCACCCCCAGGUGCAGGCGGCCGUGGCGGCGUGGGUGCGGGCGAUGGAGGCACGGUACGGGCGAGAGGCCCUGCAGUGGGGUGAUAUCGUGGAGUAUGCGAGACAGGUGGGGCCGCACAUGGGCGUGGGCGAGGGGUUCCGGUAUAGCCGCCACUGGGCUAGGAAGGCCCUGCUGAGGCACGGGCUGGGGAGCAACUGGGGCAAGCAGGUGGAGCGUGGGAGCGGGAAGAAGAAAGGUACGGAGAGAGGAGAUGGGGGAGAGUUGUCGAUUGCUGGUCGCACCACUGAUGGUAACACCACUGAUGGAAACACCACUGAUGGUAACACCACUGAUGGUAACACCACUGAUGGAAACACCACGGAAGAUCAGAGCAGUGAUGGUGGAGGGACAGACGAGGAGAGGGAAGAGGGGCGUUGUUCACUGCACUCUGACCGCCCUGCUGCCACUGCUGCUGCUACUGCUGCCGCUGCUGCUGCUGCUGCCGGGCUUGGUGGGCGGGCAGCAGGGGGAGAGCAGCAGCAGCAGCAGCAGCAGCAGCAGGAGGGCCCGGUGGAGCGCCUGCAGCGCCUGGCGGAGCAGUGGGCUGCUGAGCCCACAGGGGGCACGCCGGGUCGGGCGCACGGGCGCACAGGGGAGGGGGCGGACGGCAGGCAGCGGCGGUGGCGCCACACUGUGGUGCCGCCCGCUGUGAAGCUCGCCAUGUGCGCCCUCGCCCGCGCUCUCCCCUCCCUCCCCUCCACGGCCAUCGCCCGCGCUGUUGGCGCCAGGUGCGUUUUGCUCCUUGCGUCAACAACUAGAUUCUCUUUCACCCUCACCCACGCCACCUCCUCCCUUUCCCCCUCUUUCGUGCAUCCUGCUUGUAAUUGGUCAACCCAACGCUUUCUCUCCAGAGUCUUCUGUCCGUUCUCGCUGAUAUUGCUGCUUCUGGUGCCUUCCACAUUCUCUUGCCUCCCUCUAUCCACCCCUUUCUCACUAUCCCUUCACGCUCCACACCUUCCCUCUCUGUGGGUCCCCCUCCCCUUGGCGUGGCGUGGCAUGGCAUGGCAUGGCAGGUACGGCAUGCGGCUAACAAACGUGUGGCUGCCAGCGGUGCUGCUGAGGGAGGACCACUGGAGGCAGCUGGCGCAGCUCUCCCGCGCUGGCAGGCCGGGCGCCAUCAGACUGCGCGCUGCUGAGACCCGCCUGGAGGAGGCUCUUGCGCUCGCAGUGAGGAAGGCUAUAGCGAGGAUGGAGGAGGACAGGCGAGCUGCAGGGGGCGGUGGGGGGGGCGAGGUGGGGAGCAGAGGGGGGCCGGGGGCGGCGCAGCAGCAGGAGUGUGUGAGGGCGGUGCAGGAGUAUGCGAGGCGGCUGGCCCCGCUGGUGGGGGUGGGUCGCAGAUUCAAAUGCAGCCUGGCGUGGGUACAGCAGUUGAUGCAGCGCUGGGGGUUCCUCCCCCCUGGUGGCGCGGGAAGAGCAGGUGGUGGGGCGAGGGGGCGAGGGGGCAGGCUGGGGGGAGAGGAGGGGGAGGAGAGUGAGGGGCAGGGAGGAGUGAGGGUGAGGAUAAGGGGGAUACUGGACGAGCGGUGUGAGGUGAAGGAGGAGGAGGUGGCAGCCCUGGUGGCGCUGGUGGAGGAGCAGCGGGAGAGGCGCGCUCAGAUCAAGGCGAGUGGGCGCCGGCUGACUGACGUGCGCGAGGAGGAGUGGAUAGAAGAGGGGCGGCACGAUGGUGGUGAGGCAAGUGGAGGAAUUGGCAGCAGCAGAGAGGAGUGGGAGUCGAAGGAGGGGAUAGUUAGCAUGGUGGCAGGGAGGAGCGCAGGAGGGGGCAUGGCUGGUGGGCGAGGGCGGAAGAGAAGGAGGAGCGGGGAUGCGCAGGAUGGUGCGGUGGCGCAUGCCUGUGAUGGCAUCCCCGCUCCUUCUCAUCACGGGGAUGCGCAGGACAAGGUUGUGGCAUCACGGGCCGGGGCAGCAGCAGCGGGGAGUGGGGCGGCCAUGGCAGGCAGGAGAGCAGCAGGCGGAGGGCGGUUGGCAGCGGGCGGGCAGUUGUCAGCGGGCAUGGCAGCACCACUGCUGGCCCCCGAGCUCAUCGUGGCAGCAGCCCUCCGAGCUGCUCUCCGUCCCCACCCCGUGCCUGCCCCUUUUACUGCUCACGCCCCGCGCUUCCCUUUCCCCCAGGCUGUGCCACCUGCCACUACCGCACUCCACUCCCUUGCACAGUUGCUUGCAUCUGAUGGCUUGCUAUCUGCCCUUCUCCCUGUCAUCCGGCCCUAG